CAGCGGCGGGCGGGCGGGCGCGCGCGCGCGCGGCGACUCUCACCUCACCUCAGCUUAGUUAAAUAAACCAGUUCAGAUCAGACCGGACAGGAGCGCGCGCGCGCGUGACUGGGCUCGGACAGCGGGGGCGCGCUCGGCGAGGCUCAGUACAGCUCAGCUCGGCUCAGCUCGGCUCGGACAAGGCAAGGGCGCUCGGCUCCGUUCAGACCGGACAGGACAAGACAGGAGCGGAACGCUCGGUGCGGCGCACUUUCAGCUCAGGCCGGACAGGAACGCACUCGCCGCGGCUUAAAUCAGGGCGCGCACGGCAAGACUCACCUCAGCUGAGACCGGAGCGCUCGGCUCGGCCCAGCUCGGCCCCGACCCCAGGGCGCUCGGCUCGGCCCCGACCCCAGGGCGCUCGGCUCGGCCCCGGCCCGGCCCGGCCCAGACCCCAGGGCGCUCGGCCCAGCUCGGCCCCGACCCCAGGGCGCUCGGCUCGGCUCAGCUUAAACAGGAGCGCUCGGCUCGGCGCAGACCGGAUUCGACCGGAGUGCGGCAGCGGCGCAGGCAGCCAGGCCGGGGGAGGAGGCUAAGCGAGGGCCGAGGCCGAGCCGGAGCCGGCUCGCCGGUCACUUCAGUCAGUCAACAGGCCAACGUCGUUCGCCUCUCGAUACUACCUCCCUCCCCUCUCCCCCCCCCCUUGCCUUAUAAUGGAGCAAUGCCUGAAUGUGGAGAGGGAGCUCGAUAAAGUUCUGCAGAAAUUCACCUCGUACGGACAGCACUGCGACCGGACUUUGGAGGAGCUGAUCGAGUACACGAGCGGUCUGAGGCAAGAGUUGAGCCAGACCGGUGGUCAAGAUGUUGAGUUGUCAGGGACCUUGUCGCUUGUUUUGUCUCAGUGUUGCAAAAGAAUAAAAGACACAGUUCAAAAACUGGCCUCGGACCACAAGGACAUUCAUUGCAGUGUUUCACGAGUAGGGAAAGCCAUUGACCGGGUCUUUCGGCAUGUUUCUCCAUUCUUUAUACUUACAGUAGAUGCCAAAUACUGCUCCUUUUAUCCACGAAUGGGACAGAAUUUUCCUCAUAAUCAGACGUUUGAUGCUGAUAUCAGUGGAGUGGCAUUAGAUGGAUGCUGGCAAACUGAUAGCCAACGUCUUCUCAGUGAGGUGAUGGUGGAACACUUCUUCAGGCAAGGAAUGCUUGAUGUGGCUGAGGAACUCUGUCAGGAAGCAGGCUUGUGCAUAGAAGGAAACCAGAAGGAGCCUUUUGUAGAAUUAAAUCGAAUCCUGGAAGCCCUCAGAGUGAGGGAUCUAAGGCCUGCACUAGAAUGGGCAGUUUCAAACCGUGAGAUGUUAAUGGCACAGAACAGUUCUCUCGAGUUCAAGCUGCACAGAUUAUUUUUUAUAAGCCUGUUAAUGGGAGGUACAGAAAAUCAGAGGGAAGCACUUCAAUAUGCUAAGAAUUUCCAACCAUUUGCUUUAAAUCAUCAGAAAGAUAUUCAGGUGCUAAUGGGAAGUCUCGUGUACUUGAGACAGGGAAUAGCAAACUCGCCCUAUGUUCACCUCUUGGAUUCUAACCAGUGGGCUGACAUUUGUGACAUCUUCACCAGAGAUGCCUGUUCUCUCCUUGGUCUCUCAGUAGAAUCACCACUGAGUGUCAGUUUUUCAGCAGGGUGCAUUGCAUUACCAGCCCUCAUAAACAUCAAGGCAGUCAUUGAGCAGAGACAGUGCACUGGAGUAUGGAACCAGAAAGAUGAAUUGCCAAUUGAAGUAGACCUUGGUAAAAAAUGUUGGUAUCACUCAAUAUUUGCCUGCCCAAUCCUUCGACAACAGACUACGGAAUCCAAUCCACCAAUGAAACUUGUCUGUGGCCACAUAAUCUCCCGAGAUGCGCUAAACAAAAUGAUCAACGGAAGCAAGUUAAAAUGCCCAUAUUGUCCGAUGGAACAAGCACCAGCAGAUGCAAAACAAAUUUUCUUUUGAAGAUAUUGUGACUUGAGAGGUGGUUUGGUAAUUUCGGACAGUGCAAACUGCGACAGUUCAUUGUUCUUUUGGACUAAUGCUUACUAAAUUGUAGAACGGUGUUUACAUGCCGGUGUGUAUUUGGGAUAGAGAAAAGAGGAAAACUACUGGAUAUAAAUUAGUUGCAAUAGGGCUUUUGAACUUGGUCUUGGUAUUCGAUCAAGUGGAUACACCAGCACUCACCAUUUCAUGCAGUUAUUUUAUAUUGGGACAAUACUAGCAGUACAUUUUUUAACUUAAGAAAUAAGUAAUCACCAAUGAGCAAUGCAUUUGAUAUGAAUCUUCAUAAUAUCAUCGUCAUUACAUGGGUUAAAAUUAUUUUUUUUUUUAAGUUAUCAAUGUGAUCUUUUAUUCUUUAAAAAUAUAGAAAAAUUGAAUGUACGAGUAGACAAUAACUACUGGCAAUGUUUGCAUACCUUUCUAUGUUGGUUUGACUAGGUAGCUUUGAUAUAUUUUCACACUUUUGUCAAUUUGGCACAAAGUCAAGCGUUGACUGAGCAUAUAUGAAGCUCCCAGGGUUUAUUUAAUUUUUUUGUAAAUUUAAACAGCAUUUGCAUAGAAUGUGGACUAGCAAAGUAUUGGCAUGGAAGAGGAAAUGAUGCAUGAAGGAUAGGCGUGUAUGAUUUUUGCUUCAUGUAGAUAAUUUAGAUACGUGUAUGGUACCAUGUCCAAUACAUAAUUAUAAAACUGAAAAAUCUUAUUAAAGGCAAAUUGUAUACCAAA